ACUACAUCAUCGCAGGUGGAUCUCUUUCUUUAAGUCGGUAGUUUAUUGUUCCAUGAUUACCAAGUUUCCACUAUUCCCGGAAUAAUUCUCAGAAAAGCCUGCAAAUAAAGCACUUUGAAAAUUCCCAAAAAGAUAACGACAAUUCUACAAUAUUUCCAAGAUGGCUCUCCCCACACAUUUUCAACUCAAGGCUGCUGGUGGCAAAAUCGUUGACAUUCCAGCCGUUGGUUUCGGUACCUGGGCAGACAGUGAAGCAAGUUGGUGCAAAGAUGCUGUCCUGGCCGCUUUGAAAGCUGGAUAUCGUCAUCUAGAUUGUGCUUGGGCCUAUGGUGUCAAUAAAGAGAUUGGUCAAGCCAUUCGUGAAUCAGGAAUUCCGAGGGAGGAAAUUUUCGUCACAAGUAAAUUCUGGCCGCACUUUGCGGCACCAGAGAAUGUUGAGCUAUGUCUUGAUCUCGUCUUGAAGGAAAUGGAACUCGAUUACGUUGAUUUAUGGCUCGCUCAUUGGCCCUAUGCUGCGAAGCCAAUCUCCAGAGAAGCUUUAGAGAAAGCUGUAGGUGGUCCAACGAAGACUGAUGAGGAGAAAGGCGAAACGGACGAUAACGGAAAGCCUGCCAUUGACUGGGAGCACUCAUCAGCGAGAAUUGCCAAAGCAGCAGGUAAGCAGGGGAGCUUCGCCCCAACGUGGGCAGCAAUGGAAGCUCUGGUGACCAAGUGUAAGGCACGAACGAUUGGUGUCUCGAACUUCUCCAUCACCGAUAUCAAGGAUCUCUUGCCUCAUGUCAAAGACGUUCCUAUCUCAUGCAAUCAAAUUGAGGUCCACCCAUGGCUCCCUCAAAAUGAGCUCGUAUCCUUUGCGAAGGAGAACGGCAUUUUGACCUCGUGCUAUUCGCCAUUCGCAGGACAGAAAGAAGACGGCGCAACCCUUCUAAAGGAUUCUACUGUCAUUAAGCUUGCCAAGAAAAAUGAGAUGGAUGUGGGGCAGUUAUUGCAAAGUUGGGCUGUGCAGAGAGGCACUUCCCCGUUGGGAAAGAGUUCAACUCCAGCUCGUAUCCAGUCAAAUAUCAAGAUUAGAAAGCUUGCAGACGAAGAUAUGAAAGCGUUGGAUGCUUUGGCUUUGCCAGAUGGCCAAGGACGAACAGUUGAUUUUACAGAAGACUGGGGAGUUCAGCUUUGGGAGAAUUAGACUAACAAGACUUUGAUCUCAAUGUGUUGCCAUCUUCACAUAUCCUGCAAUAAUUAAAUAAGAC